AUGUCGAUAAGACAGAACUGGAGGAAAGGAAGCCGUCAGAGAGGAGACGCCAUGAUGGAUGAAAGCUUCAGGGGAGAUGACUUCCGAGGAGAAGAAAGGGACACAGAGGAAGAGAGAGAAAGGGAACCUGAUAGAGAGAGGGGAGCUGGAAGGGAAGUUGGAUGCGAAAGAGGCGAUAACAAAGGAGGCCCAUUCCGCCAGGGUGGGACAAGUGGAGCUGUAACGGAUAGAGAUAAUGGCAUGUCGAUAGGACAGAACUGGAGAGAAGGAAAUCGUGAUAGAGGAGACGCCAUGAUGGCUAAAAGCAUUGGGGGAGAUAACGACACGUGGAGAAGACAGAACUGGAGGGAAGGAAGACGUGAAAGAGCAGACGCCAUGAUGGCUGAAAGCAUUGGGGGAGAUAACGAAACGUGGAGAAGACAGAACUGGAGAGAAGGAAGUCGUGAAAGAGCAGACGCCAUGAUGGCUGAAAGCAUUGGGGGAGAUAACAGCAAGUGGAGAAGACAGAACUGGAGGGAAGGAAGUCGUGAAAGAGGAAACGCCAUGAUGGGUGAAAGCAUUUGGGGUGAUAACAGCAAGUGGAGAAGACAGAACUGGAGGGAAGGAAGUCGUGAUAGAGGAGACACCAUGAUGGAUGAGAGCUUCAGGGGACAUAAAUUCCGAAGAGCAGUACUGGACCCAGAAGGAGAGAGAGAAAAGGGGUAUGGUGGAGAGAGGAGAGCUGAUAACACAGGAGGCCCAUUCCGCCAGCGCUACAACGACAGGCAACAAGACGGACCUCGAUACGUUCCGGCUAGAGGCCGCGGUCAAAGAGGGGGUCACAUGGAUCAGAAUGCAGCUACAACUAGGAGAAAGGGCUAUCGAACACAGGAAAAUACUAGAUAUGGACAGACCCAAGGAAAAUACCCGAACAACCGAGGUUACUUCAGACCGCUUAGUUCCAGACUUCUCAGUGAAAUACUUGAGAAAGACCCUACCGAGGCCGCUACAGAACUUGGAUCCCUAAAAGGAAACCUUCGAGUCGGUCUCAAUGAAGACUCGAUGGAUGAGGUACGACAGCAUCUUUUUUGGGAGGCUCUAGCAUUUAUUUGCGGAGCUCUAGGUGCAGAACAAACAGUGAUCAUGCUCCUGACAAUGUCCCUUGACUCCAAACUCUGUCGUCAGCAUUUACUCACGUUUUUGACCAAUCUCAGGCGUCCAGGAGAGAACAUCGACGCAAGGCGGUUAAACCUUUUGAAGAAUGUCAUCACUGUCUUCCAAUCAGCCAUGCAAAGUUUGCCAAGCCGUGCUUCAGAUCUCAAAGUUGCAGUCACUCUCAUCUCCGAUGCUGUAGCAGACAUGGAUGAAGACGACAAACGUGAUGACAUCAUGGAGUCAAUAAAGUCGUUGAGUAGUCACAAUGAGGACAUUGAAAAAGAAAGGGAAAGAAAGAGACAGAUGGACGGCAUUUCUAAGAACCCUCCUCCUGACGACUUCCGCCAGCAAGACAUUCUUCCCACUGCCAAGGAAUUACAACCUGGAUAUCAGCCGUUUCUCCGUCCUCAUUUGACGAGGGGUGUUUAUGCCGAUGCAGAUCACUACCUGGACGUUCAAUUCAGACUACUCAAAGAAGACUUCAUCUAUCCUCUUCGCAAAGGGAUAUCAGAGUACUUAUCUUUCAAGAAGACCAACCCUGACAAAAGGGCCAAACUUCAGGAUGUGCGAAUCUACGAGGAAGCUUACUACGAUAAAUCUGUCCGUGAUUUCUUCGGAAUUUCACAUUACAUGGCUUUCAAGAGAAUACCUCUUGUCCGAUGGCAUUCGACAAAACGACUCAUGUACGGAUCAUUGCUCAUCCUAUCAACGGAUGAUUUUAAGUCAUACAUAUUUGCAACAGUGGCCAAACGGGACGUACAAGAUCUAGAGAAGGGAAUGGUAGCCAUAACAUUGGUCGACAAAGAAGAUGCAUCAUGUCUACAUAAUAAGAGUUUUGUGAUGGCAGAGUCAUCUGUCUUCUUUGAAGCUUAUCGCCCAGUCCUCCUGGGUCUCCAGCGAAUGACUGGCCCAUGCUUGCCGUUUUCCCAGUACACUUUGAGCACGUUUCAUGAUGUAAAGCCACCCAGCUAUCUCCACGAUCGGAUGGUAACUAAAGACGAUGAAAUGGUCAUCAAUCCAUGUAGUAUCGAUAUCUCACCUCUGCUGAAAGACGUAAAACGAUGCUCUCCAAUAGUUGACGUACUUGACGAUGGUGCUUGGCCCGAUAUUGACGAUGUACAGCUUGACCAAUCACAAUAUGAAGCUGCCAAGACAGCUCUCACCAAAGAACUCUCUGUAAUACAGGGUCCACCAGGUACCGGCAAGACGUACAUAGGUCUGAAGAUCGUAGAGACUCUUCUCCUUAACAGAGAAAUCUGGUCAAGUGAAGAAAACCCUAGCCCAAUCUUACUCGUGAGCUACACGAAUCAUGCACUGGAUCAAUUUCUGGAGGGGAUCUUAACAUUCCAUGACACUGGCAUCGUUCGAGUUGGAAGCCGUAGCAAGAGUGAGAAGUUGCAGCCCUUUAAACUAAAUCGGAUGGUUGGUCGGUGGGGACGAGAGUACGUUCAACGAAGGGUUCGUCAUGUCAAGAAAGAGGUUGACGGUGCAAAAAGACGUGUAGAGAGAACGCAAGCUAGGAUAGAGGGUGCAACAAGAGGGAUCAUCAACGAGGACGAACUACGACCUUUUAUGAUAUUGGAGCAUAACAACAGCCUCCUGCGUCUUUCUCAUCUGAAACACUCAAACUCCUGGCUCGUUGAGUGGCUUCUCUGUGAACGUCAUUAUGACAGGGAUUGGAACCAGCAAGAGAAACGGGAUAAUCUAGAACAAAGAGAUAACCUGCAAGAACAAGAAAGGAAAGAAAGCCCGAAGCGCGGUCCUGUGGCAAAUAAAGCAACAAUCAAAGUAGAAUAUGAACGAAGUGCCAUCGAGUCUGAAAGAAUGAUUGACGACGAAUUUGUUGAGGAAAGUUCUGAUGAAGAGGAAGACGAAGAUUACCCUUUUCUCGGCCUUGACUUAAAUGAUCUAAACAAAGCAGAGGACGGUAUCUUGCGGAAGUUCAUCCAAAUGAAGAUGUCUGGCAAAGAUGUUCUCGAUCCAGGUGCUCUCCAAUCAGUUAUCGAUGUUUGGAGUAUGCAUCCAAAUGAUCGAUGGGCACUCUACCAAAGUUGGUUGCAGAGCUACCUGAAACAGUUGAAAGGAAAACUGCCAGCAUAUGAGCUCGAAUUCAAGCAACUUUGUGGUCAGCUAGAUGAGGCAAAAAACGUAUUAAAAUACCAAAUCCUUCGACAGGCAACUAUAAUCGGCAUGACUACAACUGGAGCAGCUAAUCAUCAGCAGGUUUUGCAGAGAGUCCGGCCAAAGAUCGUAAUAGUAGAGGAAGCAGCUGAGGUACUGGAGGCACACAUCAUCACGGCAUUAAAUGCAUCAUGUCAACAGCUCAUUCUUAUUGGAGAUCAUCAACAACUUCGACCGAAACCGAACGUGUACCUCCUGGCAAAGAAGUAUCAUCUGGACGUUUCAUUGUUUGAAAGACUUAUCAACAAUGAAUUUCCUCACUCACAGCUUGAGCUGCAACAUCGGAUGCGUAUCGAACUGUCGGAUCUGAUGAGAAGGAACUUCUACGACAACCUUCGCGACCAUGAAACGGUGAAGCGAUACGAAAGUUUGAAAGCAGUUCAAAAGGAUAUCUUCUUUCUAGAUCACGCAGAACCAGAAAAUGAAAUGGAAGAUACACAGAGUCACUACAAUCUCCAUGAGGCCAGACUCGUAGUAGCGUUGUGUUAUUACUUCCUGCAGCAGGGUUAUAAAUCUGAUAAGAUUACAAUCCUCACAGCUUAUACAGGUCAGCUACUGAAAAUCAUGCAGAUUAUGGAUCAUAGCAAGUUUGAGGGAGUCAAAGUUACCUCAAUAGACAACUACCAGGGAGAAGAGAAUGAUAUCAUUCUUUUGUCCUUUGUGAGGAGCAACAAUCAUGGGCGCAUUGGAUUCUUGGGGAUUUCGAACCGAGUCUGUGUCUCAUUGUCAAGAGCAAAGAAAGGGCUCUACUGCGUUGGAAACUUCACCCUCUUUGCAGAAAAGAGUGAGCUAUGGAAGGGAAUUGUAACAGAUCUAGAAUCAAUGGGAUCUAUCGGAUAUUCCCUUAGGCUGCAAUGCACCAAUCAUCCAGAGGAGAUGACAGCGGUGAAAACUGUCGAUGACUUCAAGAAGGUACCACUAGGAGGAUGUAGUAGAGACUGUGAUACCAGGCUGGACUGUGGACACGUUUGUCGAUUAAAGUGUCACCCAACAUAUAUCAUCCACAAGUGCAAGGCUCCUUGCUCCAAGGUUAUCUGUGAGAGAAACCACAAAUGUCCAAAGCUCUGCUCGGAAACUUGCUUGACCUCUUGUUCAGUCAUUGUGGAGAGGAUUCUGCCCUGCCGUCAUGUCUGCAAAAGGGAGUGUAAGGCCGACAUUCGGAGCAUCGAGUGCGAGGAAAAGGUUGAAAAAACUUUAGGUUGCUCACACGUCCAUCUUCUUCCAUGCCACAUGCCAACCAAGGGACUUGAAAAGAAGUGCGAAGCCAUCAUCAACAAGGAACUGCAGUGCGGCCACAGAAAGAUAGAGAAGUGUAAUGGGAAAGGUCGAUGUGAUGAGAUAGUUUUGAAAGUUCUAGGAUGUAACCAUACCUGUCAAGCAGCGUGCCAUAACGAUCCAAAGAACAUCGAAUGCAAGGAAAAUGUUGAGAAAACCUUGCCUUGCGGUCACAAAAUGAAGAUUAUUUGUUCCACCGAAGUAGAAACAGAAGUAUGUAAAGCAAGAUGCAGUAAGCAGCUUCCAUGUGACCACAUUUGCAAGGAAAGGUGUGGGGUGGAUUGCACUGAGAACUGCACAGAGAUGAUCACCAGAAAUGACUGGCCAUGUGGUCAUGAGGUAACCGUUAAAUGCUGCGAUGAAAGCGACGCAUGCUACAUCGUUUGUGAGGAGAUCUUGAUAUGUGGGCACAAGUGCAAAGGGACUUGUGGAAAAUGCUCACAAGGUCGUUAUCACCACCCCUGCAUUGAGACGUGUAAGAAAAAGCUGGUAUGCGGACACGAAUGCGCCCUCAAGUGCGAUGCACCAUGUCUUUCCUGUAAAAAGAAAUGUCCUCGGCGUUGCCGUCACUCGCAGUGCAAGCAUCCGUGCAGUGAGCCAUGUGAUGUUUGUAUGAAACGUUGCAACUGGAAAUGUGAGCAUUACGAGUGCAAGACGUUAUGUUGCGAGCCUUGUGACAGACCCCCAUGCAACAAGCCCUGUCCAAAGAUACAGAAAUGCGGUCACCCUUGUAUCGGUCUGUGUGGUGAGAUCUGCCCCAAUAAAUGUCGCAUCUGCGACAAAGAAGAUUUGGAGCAACGCUUCUUCGGGACCGAAGAUAUCCAGACGGCAAGGUACAUUCAACUAGAAGACUGUGGACAUAACUUUGAGGUAGGAGGGCUUGACAAGUUCCUUGGACUCAGCACAGAAUCCGACGGUGCAGAAACAUUUACCAAAUUAUCGGUAAAAACUUGUCCAAGAUGCGAAAAAAACAUCCAGUUGAGUCGUCGCUACGGUAAUAUCCUAAGAGAAUCGUCAGCGAUUAAGUCGCGAAUCGUGGAAAAGGUACAGGAUGCUCGCAAUAGAAAUGACGACAAACAACUCCUCCGUAAAGUCCACUCAGCCUUCAAGUCGGCGAGAGAAACCAUUCGGCUUUUGUCACUCAAAUCAUCAACAGGGAUUCACUCAACGCUGUUUGGGGAAUUGGCAGAGAGUAGAAAGUCAUUGGUGAACCGGCCAUUUUUGUACAAGCUUCAUGAACUACUAAAGGCAUCAACAGAGGAACUGCGGAGACAUGGCAAGUCGGCACCGAAUGUACUCAAAGAUCAGCUCGCAAACCACCUCUGGAAUGAGAUGAAUCGAGUGACAAUCAUGUGUGACUUGGCCGAAGUACUGAUGGGAGGAGCAACAGAUUCAACCGAAGUACCAAGACUUCUACACAUCCUAGGCCGGGAUAUGAAUAUGACAUUAGCACAUGACCUCCUCAAUGGAAUUCGCACUGCUAAUGGAAUCAGCCAUACUGGCAGUGGCCUACCGACUUUCAACCGCCCUCCGCGUCUUUCCUUCGACAUAACCAUGUGGUUUAUUUGUGCCAAAGGACAUCCCGUUUCGAAACAUCAGCUCAAGAAGGGCGCGUGCGAGGACUGCGACUUGGAGAAGGCUGGGCAGGAGAGAGCCCGAUCCGAGGCUUCUGUAGAUGUAGGACACCCUCGACAGAAUGUGCCUGAGGAGCGAGGUUUUGGUGGUAGGCUGUUCCAUCGGGGUACGGGACCUUUUGAAUCAUUUAUAUUCCGCCGCUGA